ACGUCAGAUUUUCACAGCUUUUUCGAGAAACAGACACGAGUAUGCCCCAAAUUGGAGCAUGUUAUUGAGAACAUGUUGCGGUUGCUGUAGCUUGAGGUACGGAUGCUUCCUGGUUGCCAUGUACACGGCCCUCACCUAUACGCUGCAGCUGGUGGCCCUGCUGAUGUAUGGAUUCAUUGAAGAGUACGCCGAGAGCCAGAUCUUCUACUUGUUUCUGUCCGUUCCCUGCGCCAUCGGUGUGGCCGUGUCCAUAGUCCUGUUCGUGGGCGCACUGAAGAAAAAGAAAAAUCUCUUGUUCCCCUGGCUGAUAACGUUUGGCGUAAUUUCGAUUGUCCUUAUAUUGGCUCUAAUCGGCAGCCUCAUUGCGGGCUCCACCCAGGACAAUGUGGAGGAGAAUCACGUUGGCUCUGGCUUCAUGCGACGACCCUUCAUUCAGACAUUCAACCUGCUAGUGCAUUUGUAUGCCUAUUUGGUCGUCUUCUCCCACUACUUUGAGCUGAGGGAUGAGAACAUUUUUUGAUCAAGUAGCCAAUCAUCUUCCCAUCUCCCCGCCUGUCAACAAUCUCAAUCUAAAAUGUUUGUUUGGGUUCAUUCAGUAGAAGAACAUAAAGCCUCUCACACACUAAAAAUUAAAAAUUGAAAUUGUUUCCCUUAAAAUAGUUCCUUGAGCAACAGUAACUGCCACCAAA